UCGGCAAACGUGGAAGGUGGAGAACCUGGCCAGCGACAUGCCGUUAGCGCGUCGUGUGUGACCGGACGGUACUGGAAUUCCGGCGAGGCCACUGAGCCAAAAACACGGACCGAGGAGCUUGAAUGGAUUGUCAUUUUAUCUUCUGCUUCUGCUGAACGUGACCGCUGACUUUUAAAGACUGAUGUGAGACACUAUGAUCCGAUUGAAAGAAAAUGAUCGUGCACCUCCAGUUGAAAGCAUAGACACCGAAAAGCGCUCUGCUGAAAGGUGACCUCCAGACUCUUCACCUCCCGGCAGCGUUUGAAUAUGCAAGAACAUAACAAUGAGCUCCAACAUCACAGACCCUGGUCUCCUCUUGACUGCCAACACAUCACCGCGAACAGCUGGAGCCUAUUCUCAAUCCAAUGCGCAUCAUAAGACCCUUAAUUUCACUCCUCAACCUGAGAAUCAAACAGCCUUUGAUCCUCUUGGUGGUCAUCCUGUGUGGCAAGUUGUCCUCAUUGUUUUAUUGACAGGCUCGCUGUCACUGGUCACCAUCGUUGGCAACAUUCUGGUAGUGGUCUCCUUCAAGGUCAAUCGCCAGCUGAAGACGGUCAACAACUAUUUUCUCCUGAGCUUAGCUGUAGCUGACCUCAUUAUAGGAGUAAUCUCCAUGAAUCUCUACACAGUCUACCUUAUAAUGAACAACUGGGCCCUAGGCACAUGGGCUUGUGACCUUUGGCUGGCUAUUGACUAUGUUGCAAGCAAUGCAUCAGUUAUGAAUCUUCUGGUAAUUAGCUUUGAUCGCUACUUUUCUAUAACCAGACCUUUGACCUACCGGGCCAAACGGACCACAAAGAGAGCUGGCAUCAUGAUUGGCCUAGCUUGGCUUGUUUCUCUUGUCCUGUGGGCCCCAGCCAUACUGCUGUGGCAGUAUUUUGUAGGUGAAAGGACGGUACCCCACAAUCAAUGCUAUAUCCAGUUUCUCACAGAGCCAAUCACAACCUUCUGCACAGCAAUGGCGGCUUUCUACCUCCCUGUGACAAUAAUGAGUAUUCUAUACUGGCGCAUCUAUAAGGAAACCCAAAACCGUUCAAAAGAGUUGGCUGGACUGCAAGGUUCAGAAGGUCGUGGAGGGCUAGGGGGAAGAGCAGGAAAUAAGAAACGAGGUGAGAGAGCUCGCUUUGCACAUCAGACUGGAAGUUCUAGGAGCUGUGGUAGCUAUGAGUUGAACAGGAUGCCUAAGAAAAAGAGCACUUGUCAGGAGCUGGUGGGGCGAUUUCACUGCUGGCCAGGUGUUCGUUCUUGGAGACCUGGAAGUAUCAGGCAUGGGGACGGUGAUCCAGACCAGAGCAGCAGUGACAGCUGGAACAACAAUGAUGCAGCGGCCUCUUUGGACCAUUCUGGGUCCUCAGAGGAUGAGGACUGUGGGGGAAGAGAGAUGAUUUCUCAAAGUCAUGCUAUUUUUUCGAUUGUCCUCAGCCUACCUGGCAUUAAGGCUGCAGUCAACUCUCAGCUUACCUCUUGUGAGGAUCUGGAUGUGGCCUCAGAAGAGGAUCCACUGAGGGGAGACAGUUUGUCAACAGUCACCACAACUACAACUGCUCCCAUUACACCUGAGGGAAAAAACAAUACAGAAAAUAGCUACCACCAACGCUUCAGCUCACGCAAGACACAGUCAAUGUCCACCAUUCAGGCCAAGUCUCACCAAGGGUUUCUGGAUGGUACCCCAUCAACGACUGGCUCUACCACCUGCACGGCCACCAAGUCCUCCUCUGUCCCCCUUUCUUUUAAAGAAGCUGCUAUGGCAAAGCGCUUUGCCUCACGAACCCGGACUCAGAUCACAAAGAGGAAACGAAUGUCUUUAGUAAAGGAGAAGAAAGCAGCUCAAACACUCAGCGCUAUCCUCUUAGCUUUCAUCAUCACCUGGACACCGUACAACAUCAUGGUGUUAAUCACAACCUUUUGUCAAGUUUGCAUCCCACAGACCCUGUGGGCAGUGGGGUACUGGCUCUGCUAUGUAAACAGCACAGUCAACCCCAUGUGCUAUGCGCUUUGCAACAAGACUUUCCGAACGACCUUUAAGAUGAUACUGCUGUGCCGCUGGAAUCAGAAGAAAAGACGAAAGCUGCAGUUUCAACAGAGGCAAUCAGUGGUCUUCCACAGGGGCAUUCCCAGGGAGUCUACGUAAAAUGACUGAAUAAUGAGUCACUUGUUGACAGUUUCAACAUUCAACACAGGACAAUGGAAAUAUGGUUCCUUGGCCCAAAAAUCCACACUGUCCUUGUCUGCUGUUAUGUAAAAUACAGCAACACUACCUGGUGGUCUUGUGACAUGUGUUUAUGUUGGAUAAAAUAAUGUACUUUGGCAAACAGGUACCAGUGGGAAGUUUUGCCUGAGGUGAGGUCCACAGAUGAAAGUUUUGUCUUUCUUAUGAAAGAAUUCUUUACCAUUUCACUCUAGUGCUUGUGGCAGAAGAUGAUGAGAAAAUCAUCACAAAGGGCUUUUAAAAGGCUUUGCAGGACAAAUAUGGAAGUGCAAUUGACAAAACGUAAGCAUGUUCAUGUAAGGGAUUUAUAUUUCUUACAACUUCCCUGUGUGGGUAGCUAGAAUUGUAAUGUGUAGACUGGUUUUACAUUUCAAACAAAACUGUAUGUCUAUAAUAUGUUCCUGAAAGCCGAGGUAAAAAGGAGACUUGUGUUCACUGGCUUCUACAUUUUACUAGUUUGCAGUGACUUCUUCUUAGAUGGCAUGUGUUUUUAGCAGAACUUCUGUGGAUUAUAUUUCUACAUCGAUAUAACUUUCUUGUGUAAUAUGAAAUAUAAAAGUUCUUAAAAUGUGUCCUUACUCUCAUUCAUCAGAGAACUGCUUUUUUUUUUUUUUUUUUUUUUUU